AUGGAGACUCUUUUGGCGAAGGCGCUGGAGUCUAAACUCAAGUACUACCUGCGCUCGUACACGCGCGACCAGUUCCGCCUGCAGGGCCGCACCGUGGAGCUCUCCAACCUCGACCUCAAUGGCGAUGUGCUGCACUCCAUCAUCGGCCUGCCGUCCACCCUGCGAGUGGCCAAGGCACACGUGGCCAAGCUGGAGAUCAAGCUGCCAGCGUUGUCGCUGGUGAACAAGGAGCCCACGGUGGUCGCCAUCUCCACGCUCGACCUCGUGCUGCGCGAAACAGCGCCCCACGAGCCCCCGCUCUCCUCCCCGGGUGCACUUGGAACGAAGAGCACAUCAUAUGGCUUCGCGGACAAGAUAGCGGACGGCAUGACGGUGGAGGUGGGCGUGGUGAACCUCAUGAUUGAGACGCGCGGUGGCAGAGAUGUGUCGGGCCACGAUGCUGCCACCUGGAUACCCCCCAUUGCCAGCAUCACCAUUCGAGGCCUGCGCCUCUGCACCACCAAUGAACGCUGGCAGGUGGUGAACCUGGCGGACACGCGCACCUUCUUCGCGUCCCUCAAGUGCAUCUACAUCUUCCGUCUGUUGGAGUGGGAGUCGCUGUCAAUAGACCUCAUACCGCACCCGGACAUGUUCCAUGCAGCGCUGGAGGUCAACUCCAGCAAGGAGAGCCAGGAGCGUGAUGGCGACGGGGCCAAGCGGGCCUUUUUUGGGGGCGAGCGAUUCGUGGACGACAUCAGAGGCCGGGCUUAUGUGACGAUGCAUCGCACGGAGUUGAACAACCCGUUGGGGCUGGAGGUGGACAUGCAGCUGUCCGAGGCCAACGUGCCCGCGCUCACUGAACCAGGGCUGCGAGCGCUGAUGCGGUUCAUGACGGGCAUGUACGCGUGCCUGCUGCGAUCAGACCUCACCGACAUGAGCCAAGUCGGUCCCGAGACAGCAGGGCGGGUGCUCAUCUCGCUCACCUUGGAGCGCCUCUUCAUUCGUAUCCAGGAGGAAGACUACCAGUUGGAGCUCAUACUGCAGUCACUCAAAUACGUGCAGGGCAGUGCAUCGGAGGCGGACGGUGCGACGGUGGGCAACAUGGUGCGCCUCUACCUCGGCCAGCUCUUCCUCAAGGACACGUAUUCGGACCCGCCAGUGGCGCUGCUGCAGCCGGUGCAGGAGCACGCAAGCAGCGACGUGGAGCGUGUGCCGUCAUUCGCCAGCGAGCACGUGUGGCCGCGCAUCUACCCCGUGGAGACCGACGACGACUGCCUCCCCCCGCCCUCCAUGUUCCGCCUCUUCUCCGCCUUCUCCCUCCCCCCCGCCCCGCCCCCCGCCGUUGCCUCCCAGCUCGUCAUCCGCUGCGACCCCCUGCAGAUCAGUCUACAGGAGGAGUCGUGUUUCCGCAUAGCAUCGCUGGUGGCGGACGGGCUGAUGGUACCGCAGGCGGACAGCGCCCCCCCUGUGGCAGCGCUGCGCUACCUGCUCGUCAUGCUGGACGGGCUGCACCUCUCCCUCUCCGUGCCCCCCGCCGCCUUCGCCCCGCCCUCCCCCUCCACCGCCGCCGCUUCCCCCAACCCCGACUCGCCCUCCCAGGCAGGGGAGGGGGGAGCAGGGGGGGCAGGGGGGGCGGGGGAGGAGGCGCGGUUCACGGGGGCGCGGGUGCAGGUGGGGGGGUUCAGCGCGAUGCUGGACUCGUUCAUGCCCUUUGACCUGCUCGACGUCGAGCGAGACGCCGCGUGCUUUGCACUGUGGCCGGGUCAGCCCGUGGACGCGGGGCAGAUGCGCCUCGCCGUGUGGGCCGACCUGCUCUCUGUCUCCCUCGACGUGGGGGACGGCCAGGGGGGCGACGACAGCAGUACAGGGUGGGGGAGAGGGGGGGGCAGAGGGGUGGGUGGAGGGGAUGACGACGAUGCAUGGGCGUCGUCCCCGGUGUCAUUCGAGGGGCAGUCGCGGCUGGCAGCAGCGGCAUCCCAGCAGCUGCAGUGCGUGUGCAUCAAGGACCCGCGCCUCGAAAUGGCCAUGCUCUCCCACGACGGCAAGCCCAUCGUGCGCAUGCCUCCCCCGGGUGGCACGUUUCGGCUGGGCGUGGCGAGCCAGGAGGUGACGUGCAACACAUCACGGCUGCAGCUGCUGUUUGUGCUGCGCAUGGCAGACUACCUCACGCGUGUCAGCCGUGCACUCGUCAAGGUGGGCAAGGGCAACCAGCGCGUCACCGACCCCUCCAAGGGCCUCUCCGCCCUCGUCGACGCCGCCUCCGCCACCACCCCAACCGCCUCCGCAUCUCAACCCGCCAACAGCAGCAGCAGCGGCGGCGGCGGUGGCGGUGGUGGAGCAGCGGGAGGGACAGCGUCAGCGCUGUCGGAGCUAGCAGCGCUGGCUCCGGGCGACAGUGCGGUGUCGCUGGCGGUGGACGCACUCAACCUGCGCAUGCUGGAGUCGGGCCACACGGGUGACGGCAGUGCGGGCGAUGAGGGUGCAGUGCUGUCGCAGCUGUUGGGGCGCGGCAUGAGCAUGAAGGUCACUCACCAGUCGCUGGGUGGCGCGGCUGCCACGUCAUCCACCAUCACAUGGCAGAGCAUUCGCGUGGAGUGUGUUGAGACGGAGGAGACUGCAGAUGGAACGGCCGCUGCCGCUGCAUCAGGGGCGCAAUCACCCGGCAGCGCGACUGCCCCCCCGCGCUUGCGGGCGGUGCUGUGGUCGGGCGAUGGGGACAGUGACAUGGACGCGCUGGCGCGCACGGGCACCAUGAGCGCGCCCGACCCCUCUUCCGCUGCAGGCUUCGCCCUCACGCGCUCGCCCUCUGCUUCCGCCUCCGCGCUGCCGUUCCUGCACCUGUCCGUGCUGCACGUGCUGCCGUACGACAGCAGCGACGCCUCCUCGCACUCGCUCACGGUGGAGGCCAAGGUGGGCGGGGUGCGGCUGAGUGGCGGGUGGAGCUACAACGAGGCGCUGCUGCGGCGCUUUGGAGUGUUGGACGGCACCACGGGGGGCCCAGGGGCGCACGUGGUGCACCUGCUGGACGUGUUGGAGCACAGCGAGGCGCUGCGCUUCCUCCUCGCCUCCAGCGCUGACGACCCAGCUGUGUCCACGCCCCUUGGUGCGUGCUGCCGCUGCUACCUUGCGCACCUGCUUUUCGACAGUGCCUGCAAUUGUAAUCCUAUUUUUCCCUUGCUCUUCCGUUUUCUCGUGUUGCCGCCCCUUCAUGCGCCCCAAUCUCCCCACCAAACCACACACAUUUUCUUUCCCGCACACCCUCUCCUCCCCUCCCUCUCUGCACCUACCUUCAAAUUCCCUCUCGUGAUGGCAGCAGCAACUCCAGCGGACCCAGCAGCAGCGGCGGCGGCAUGGGAGGUGGCGCUACCGCAGGAGAUGGACGUGGACGUGCAGCUGCUGGACUGGCUCUUUGCCCUCGAGGGCGCGCACAAGGCCUUCGUGGCUCUGCCCUCCAGUGCAGCACACGCCGUGCAGCGCCGCGAGGACCUCUCAUGGCACUCCACGUUCCGCAUGUUCCGCGUGUCCGCGCACAGCAACCCCUUGAACGAUGCGCACCGCCGCACCGGCACCACGCACCGCCCCCCGCCUGCUCCGGGCAGCAGCCCCGUGGCCAACAUCCUGAUCCGAGUGGAAGGCAUUCAGGCAUUCAAGCCGCGCAUAUUUGACGCGUCGGAAGCAUCACCGUGCUCGCCGUCUGUGCGCCCCUCUGCUGUCUCCGUGUCCGCCUCCGACUCCUCCCUCGAGCUCUCCACACACCCCGCCCCCAACUCGCCCUCCUCCCGUCCCAUCUCUCGCUCCGCCUCAGACGCACCCCUGCCUCACCACACUUCCCUUGCGCCACCUGCAGCACCAGGUGCAGCAGGUGCAGCAGCAGCAGCAGCAGGGGGCCCUGUGGGGUCAUCGGCGCGCAGUGGGCUGGACCUGGAGCUGCGCCUCGCGUCCAUGCCCACUGGUCCCGACACUGCAUCUGCCAGCGCACCGGGUACUGGCAGCAGCGGGGCAGGGGGUGCGGGCAGUGAGGCGGGGGAGGCGUGGGUGGUGAGGAGCGUGCAGAUGGCGGUGCAAGAGCCGGUGACGGUGGAGGCGACCAAGGAGGACCUGCAGCACCUGCUGGACGUGUGCAAGAUGGAGCUCAGUGCUGCCAGCCGCAUUGCCGUGGGUGGGCUCAUGCUGCUCAGGGAGCGUGGCAGCAGCAUCGUUACGCAGGCCACCAUCGACCAGCUCGUGCACUUUGGCAAGCGGCUGGUGAGUGGGGACGAGUCGCUGGCAUCGCUGGCACAGGCGGUGCAGGAGGCAGCCACGGACAACCUGGCAGCGGAUGCCGCCGCACACGUGGCAGCGCGAGAGCAGCAAGUGCUGCAGGCCACCUCCCGCAUGCACUCCCUCGCCGCCCAGCUCAAGGCGCAGCUGGAUGCGGCAGACAGGGGUGGGGAGGGGUUGGGAGGGAUGCGAGGGGAUGUUGAGUCCUUGCUGGCGGAGAUAGAGACUGUCAAAAAGAUGCUGGCAGGUGGGAAGGGGAGUUAG